GCGCUGCCCGCCGCCGGGGGCUGGCUGCCGCCGCGGCGAGCGGCGGGUGGCGGCGGGCGGCGAUGGGCACGGCGGCCGUGCACCUCCUGCUGCUGCUGGGGCUGCUGCACGCCGGGCCCGGCGGCGAGGGCAGGAAGGGCUGGCGGCGGCGGGGCCCGGCCGCCCGCGAGCGCGGGGAGGCGGCGGCGGCGGAGAGCUUCCCGCUGGACUUCACGGCGGUGGAGGGGAACAUGGACAGCUUCAUGGCGCAGGUCAAGAGCCUGGCGCAGUCGCUGUACCCCUGCUCGGCCCAGGCGCUGCCGCACGACCUGCGCCUGCACCUCCUGCACAACGCCUCGGUCACCUGCAACGACGGCAGCCCGGCCGGGUACUACCUGAAGGAGUCCAAGGGCAGCCGGCGGUGGCUGCUGUUCCUGGAAGGAGGGUGGUACUGCUUCAACAGGGAGAACUGCGACACCCGCUACGACACCAUGCGCAGGCUGAUGAGCUCCCGGGAGUGGCCCGCGACACGAGUGGGAACUGGGAUCCUGUCAUCGCAGCCAGAAGAAAAUCCCCACUGGUGGAACGCAAACAUGGUAUUCAUCCCGUAUUGCUCAAGUGAUGUUUGGAGCGGUGCCUCUUCCAAGUCUGAGAAAAAUGAAUAUGCCUUCAUGGGAGCACUGAUCAUUCAGGAGGUUAUAAAGGAGCUGGUGGGAAAAGGCCUUAGCACUGCAAAGGUGUUGCUGCUAGCGGGGAGCAGUGCUGGAGGGACAGGAGUGCUCCUGAACGUGGAUCGCGUGGCAGAGCAGCUGGAGGAGAUGGGUUAUCAAGGGAUUCAGGUUCGAGGCCUGGCAGACUCCGGAUGGUUCCUGGAUAAUAAACAGUAUCGCAGAACUGACUGUAUCGAUACCAUAACGUGUGCUCCAACAGAAGCCAUCAGAAGAGGAAUAAGGUACUGGAAUGGUAUCGUACCUGAACGCUGUAAGCUGCAGUUUAAAGAGGGAGAGGAAUGGAAUUGCUUUUUUGGAUAUAAGAUUUACCCUACUCUUCGAUGUCCAGUCUUUGUUGUCCAGUGGCUCUUUGAUGAGGCCCAGCUUACUGUAGACAACGUACACCUCACUGGCCAGCCUGUUCAGGAGGGGCAGUGGCUCUACAUCCAGAAUCUGGGUAGGGAGCUGAGAAACACCUUGAAGGAUGUGACCGCUAGCUUUGCUCCUGCCUGUUUGUCUCAUGAGAUCAUUACACGCAACCACUGGACAGACAUCCAGGUGAAGGGGACAUCGUUACCCCGGGCCCUGCACUGUUGGGAUCGGAGCCUACACGAGAGCAACAAAAAUGGGAAGGCCCCUCUGAAAGGCUGCCCGAUUCACCUGAUCGACAGCUGUCCCUGGCCCCACUGCAACCCCUCCUGCCCCACUAUCAGGGACCAGUUCACAGGGCAGGAGAUGAAUGUCAUCCAGUUCCUCAUGCACAUGGGUUUUGAUGUUCAGAAGAUGGCACAGCAGCAGGGCCUGGAGCCCAGCAAACUCCUGGGGAUGCUCAGCAGUGGUAACUAGGAAGGGGGCUGCAGAGGGGCAGAGCGAUUAGAUCCGGAGGAGACUCCAAGCCCUUCUCCCACACUUUCUAAUCUUCUUCCUUACGCUCAUGCAGGCAGACGCACGCUCACACCCACGCAUGCUCAAACCUGUACACACCCACGUGCUCCCACACUCUUGCACACUUAGGAUGUGUCAAGAAAGAAAAAAAAAAAAAAAAAAAAAAAAAGGGCAAUUUCUUGCUUACACUAUUUGACUGGAACUCAUUGCCUCCAAACGCCAGGGCUGAGUUUUGGCCAUUCAUAUCCUGUGUUACACAAGGCAAUCUGAUACAGGGAGUAGCAAAGCCAUAAAUAGCAGCAAUGAGAACCUUCCCCAGAUCUAGGACUUCUUCCCUUGCCAUGAAUUUUACAUCAUAGACUUGAUACAAGUGGUGAAAAAAGCAAGCACUGGAUUUCUUUUGUCCAACUAGAAGUGAAGGAAUGAUUACAUGACUUCCUGGAGGUCAGCAUCUCAUGAUGAGUCAUAACAUACGAACCCAGGACACGUGCUAGGGAUGGACACUCUUGUACUCAAUUUACUUUCGUAUUAUUUUAUAAAAUGACUUUUUUAUUACUUUUUUUAAACUAAGCAAGAAAUAUAAAUGAUAUUGUUUUGUAACAUAUUUUUUUUAAAUAACGAAGAAACCUCUUGCUACUUUGGCAACGUGGACAUAUUUAUUUUAAUAUGUAAAACGCUAUUUAUAAGGGCUGACCAGAGAACCAUACAUAUGUCUUUGUAAAGUUGUUUAUGCUGCUCAUUUGGAUGGGUUAUCCUUGUGAUCACUUGUGCCUGGGAAAAAAGGGCUGAGGGUGGUAUUGACGUUUUGUAAUAAUUAGACUUCUGUGUUCCCCUUGCAGUACGCUUUGUCAUUGUUGCGCUGAUGAGAGGUUGCAAUACGAGGUCUAAGUACAGAGAUUUUCACCCGGCGUUGAUGCUUGCCUACUUGCACGGCGUUUUCAGCUUGACUGUGAUUUGCCAGGUGUUGGGGGCGUUGCAUUUUAAGAUGCAGGGAGAUCUGGUUUUGCAGCAAAGGCCUCUGUUCUAGUGAGAGAAGUGUUUGAUCAGACCGUCUGGCCCGUCUUAAAAUGGGGAGCACUUGGAACAUGAAAGGCAGAGAACACAAGACAAGCACGAACAUAUUUUUGUUCUUCUAGUCGUUUGCGAACACGCCCACCUCGGAAGGGAGAAUCCCCGUCGGUGGUAAUGGGAGGAGAAGACGGGAGGGAUCGUGAAUGCGGAGCUGGAGGGAGCGGGAGACCGUUCCUCGGCAGGGAAAGCGCUUUACGCUGCCGUGUGCGCGGCUGGAGCAGACAAACCUGCGCGAGGAGCAUAAUGACAUCCUUUCUGCAGAGUCCUUGAUACCGACUUUGCAUUCGCCUGCACUUGCGUAAAUGGUUAUACAACGCGUUUGGCCACAAAAAAAUUAGGGCCUAAUUUUAGAAGAAUUCCAUGCACUUUGAAGAUAAGUCUUGCCAGGUUAAAAUGGUAAUGCUGCUUGUAGCAUCCGCUGUCUUAGGUGAGUAAAACCAAAACUGAACAAAACUGCAGCCAUUUGGUUACUUUUCAUGGGCUUCAGCAGCCCGGCAGCGCCACCCAGGAAAUUACCCAUCCUGUUGUACAAGAUGGGUUUAGUACGCAUUUAAGGUAAAAAAGUAGCUAAAGAGAAAAUGAACGGUGCUCCCAGCAGAACCGAAACGUAGGAAAACUACGAGUGGAGUUUCCCUAAGAACAAUAUAGGGAUUACUAAUAUCCUUUAUGUUUUAAUGACUUGGGUAUACAAGUAAAAUUGUUCUGAUUACAUUUUUCAUGCCACCAAGUUAAGAGGCUUCUUCAGUACAGACAACAUUUGGGAAAGCGUCCAGGAGGAUGGGAUUCCUUUGGGGCUGGAGUCACGUGGAGUCAAAGUGCUGGUACUUGAGCAGCGUCCGGAAUUCCUGCUGUGCGCUGGUUCAUCGGGAGCACCGCGGGGACCGCUGCGCGUCAGCUCUUCGCAGGACGACUAUACACAAGGUGAUGCACCCGUAGAUGUGGCAAGUGCCCUGGGCUGCGUCCAGCGAUGUAUUCCUACUAGGAAACAGUAAAGUGUAAGUGCCACUGUUGAAGUUUGGAAUACUUUUUUUGCAGAGCUGGUUACGUGUAUCCAGGUAAACUAAUUCUAAAUCUAAAACAUUAAUUCAAAGGUUAAUUUCUAAAAGGCAAAAAGUGUUUGGGGGGGAUAUUUUCCUUGCAAGCACAGGAAAAAAUCCCUGGGAGUCAGGGGUCACUCUUCUCGCUUAGUGCGCCACUGCAACAGUCUUUUAAAAUGCCUCGGAAAUAUUUUUAAAGGGGAACUUGGUUAAUUUGUUAGAAAAAUUAUACAAUGUGGUUACAUGUCAUAGCCAGAAAUCGGGAUCUGUAACCCAGGAAGUCACAUCCAGCUCUAUACUUCUUCUUGUA